AUGAACAUGCAGUGGCAGAUAGGGAUGGGCAUCGCUUUCUUCGGCCUAUUCAGUUGGACCCAUCACCGUUAUUGCUGCCUGCAGGAGCAAGGGCGCAAGUUCAACACACUUCAAGACGAGCUGAGAAGUGAGGGCCUAGCCGCGGCCAAGGCGCACUUCGCCAACAUUUUCCGUAAGGAGGUCGUCGUACGGAAGCUGCUGGACGCCGGAGGAACGGCGGGCUUCAUGUGCUCCGCCUUUCAGAUGCUUUUCAAGGCCGAAGGGCUCGCCGCGUCUUCGAGUGAUCGCAUCCAGAAGCUCCGGCUCCUGGAGGAGACAGUCAAAUCCAAGCAAUCAAGAAAACUGGAGUGCAAGAGGGCCGAGCAGGCGAAACGAAAACUUCUCGAAAGCGUUCAGCUCAAGAAACAAGCCGUUCGAGAGGCGACAGCGGUGCUGGGACUUCACCACGCCCCGUCUCCACCGAGCGUCGGCAGCCCCGUCACUCGAACGGCGAACGCGUUUCGAGGCCGAAGGCUUCGCCGUCGCCGCCGACAACACCCUCCACCGGCAACAGGCUUGCCGCGGUGGGGGCGCGGAAAUCGUGGUGUCGUCGGUCGCAUCGUGAUGGAACCGACUGACCUGGAGAGCAAGGGCGUCCGUGCCUUCGCGGUUACCUCCCGUCGAAAGGACGCCAUCCUGAAGCGCACUCCGCUGUGCGGCCGAAGUGCGAUGGCGAGGCUGCCGUCGUGGGCCUCGUGCGAAAACUCCGCUUGUGAUCCCGGAACGACCCCCCCGCCUCCGCUCCGGCAGGACACCGCAAGCAUUGCGAGCUCUGCCGGAGAGAGCGUUAAUAGUGACCGGCGAGGCGUGAUGCACGAGUUGCCCAUGCGCUCUGGUGUAGGAGGUACGGACACGGUUGUUGUUGGUGACAAUACCCGGGGAGGCGGGAUAUCAUCGCCGCCGAAAGCCCGAGAGAUUGACGCCGCACCGCUAUCUGCGACAAGUCUCGAAGAGAAAGAGUGGCGGCGGGCGAUGAGUCUCGGGGAGGAGGAUUGGUGGGAGGAGCACCACCCGUUGUUCUCCCAGCAACUUUCGUGCGGUCUUUCGGCGGCAACAACGAUGACGCACUCCGUCAAGACGAUAGCCACCACGAUACCAACGGCCAUGACGCGCGAAGUCUCUCACGACCCCCUCGUCAAGUCGAGGGACAUCGGCAGCAGGGUCAGCAGCAGCGGCAGCAUCAGCCUCGAACCCGCCCGGAAGACAGUCCACCUCGACAGCGGUGACGCCCAGGAGUUCCAUCCCGCCGAAGAACCCGUCGCAGGGGACGUGGGACGGGGGCUGCUGCUACCGAAGAGGCCGGAAAACCCGACGGUUGCGGACAUCGGUCUUGCCUUGGUUGAGUAUCACGGACCGACUCCAGCGCAUCUACAAUCUCGUGGCAGGCCGGCCAAACGCUAG